AUGGAAUUACCGCAAAUUGGAAAGAACUGCCAACUGGAAGGCUGUAACUCAUUAGAUUUCUUGCCUGUCGCUUGCCCCCUUUGCUAUCAAACAUUCUGCGGCGAUCACAGAUUGCCUUCAAAUCACAAGUGCUCAAAGUGGAGUCAAGUGACAAAGGAUCUGCUACAAUGCGAUGAUUGUCAGCAGUUGAUUCAGGCACCCAACGACGUAAAACUAGGAUUAGAGCAAGCGUUGGAACAGCACAAGAAAUCGAAAUGCCAGCUCUACUUGUACCCUCCCAGCAGCACUAUCAAGAAAGUAGACCGUCAAUGCACUGUCAAAGGAUGUCAAGGCAUUGAUCCUCGUAUUGGACCUGUGCAUUGCAACGGUUGUAAUCAAGAUUUUUGUCUAGGACAUAGACACCCCGCUUCACACAGCUGUCAGUCAUUAGAUAUGGAUGAACAGCGAAAGAUGGAGAGAAGGCUGGCAGCACAAGAGAAGGUAGCCAAGACAUUUGCACCACAGCCAGCAAAAAAACGCAAGGUCAUCAAAUCUGUGCCUGUGAAAAGCAAGCAUGGUGGCAUGGUCGAGUUGAUGAAGAUCAAAUCACAAGCCAAAGGGAGCCCCUCAGUCCCAGCGGCAUCUCGCAUUUAUGUUUAUGUGCAAGGUCCAAAGGAAUCCAAAGUGGAUUCACAAUCUGUCUAUUUCGACAAGAAAAACUCGGUAGGGAAAGCGCUUGAUUUAAUAGCAGAUUUGUGCAAGGUGAAUAACAAGAACAAUACGCUGUCUUCGUCAGAUCCUGAGCGCUUGGAACUGUAUAAAUGCCCUGACAUGACAGUGCUCGAUAAAUCAGAUUCACUGGAAAAGGCGCUCAAGAAUUUAGAUACAGUGCUGUUGGAAAGACAAGGCGCAGUGUCCAUGGAAGAAGUAGAUGACCAGGAACAGGCAUAUCAAUAA